AUGGCUGUGCUUCCACUGAGCACAGUGGAGUGUGAAAGAGGAUUCAGCAGACAGAACGUGAUCAAGUCGUGGCUGCGGACGAGCUUGUGCGAUGCAAGGCUGAGCGAACUCAUGACGAUCAACAUGCUGGACUACGACAUGGACUACGCCGAGAUCGUUGACAUUUGGAGGAAACAGAAGACGCAAAAGCAGGCUAAGACAGUGGCCUAUGAGGCUCCCCUCGACAAAGGCAAGAGUGCAGCUGAGGAUUCGGAUGAGGAGAUUGCAGCUAGUGAGGGUUCAUAUGAGGAUGAUGAUGAUGAUGAUGAUGAUGAUGAUGAUGAUGAUGAUGAUGAUGAUGAUGAUGAUGAUGAUGAUGAUGAUGAUGAUGAUGAUGAUGAUGAUGAUGAUGAUGAUGAUGAUGAUGAUGAUGAUGAUGAUGAUGAUGAUGAUGAUGAUUGAUGAGAUGCUGCUCUGUUACCGUGCCAUGUGGAUGGUUCCAGGAGAGCACCCCCCCUUGCCAUUUUAGCCCUUCUAAGCCUUGCAACUCCUGGAACAAAUACCGAUUUUUCAU